UUAGCAGCUUGCUCGCGCUCCCCGUUCAUCUCAAAGUGCUCGUUCAGGUGUUUGUAAAGGCGGCAGAAGAGCCUGGAAGCGGCUGUGAAACAUUAAAUCAGCGUCCAAACCUGCACCGUUAGCAAUGGCGUGGAAGACCAUGGAAAUUAACCCGGAGAUGCUGAACAAAGUGUUCGGUAAGCUGGGCGUCGGUGCCGGCUGGCAUUUCGUUGACGUCCUGGGGCUGGAAGAUGACUCCCUAUCCUCGGUACCCACGCCGGCCUGCGCGGUAAUGCUGCUCUUCCCGUUAACACAACAGCAUGAGUCUUUUCGAAAGAAGCAGGCUGAGGACCUGGAAGGUAAAUGCAAGGGGAACUCCAGCGUGUACUUCAUCAAGCAGACGAUCGGCAACUCUUGUGGCACGGUGGGGCUGCUGCAUGCUGUGGCGAACAACAAGGACAAGAUGGAGUUUGCGGGGGACUCUGUCCUGAAGAAAUUUCUAGAUGAGACUGCUGACAUGUCUGCGGAAGACCGUGCCAAGCAGCUCGAGGCUAACACGGCCAUCCAUACGACCCACGACGAGGUGGCGGCGGAAGGACAGUGUCAGCCGCCGGAAGAUAACGUGAACUUCCAUUUCAUCACCUUCGUCAACGUGGACGGGCAGCUCUACGAGCUGGAUGGGAGGAUGAAGUGUCCUGUGAAUCAUGGCACCACGCAAGAUGACUCCUUCAUAAUGGAUGCAGCGAAAGUGUGCCGCGGGUUUGUGCAGCGUGAGAAGGGGGAGGUCCGCUUUUCGUCCGUGGCCUUGUGCAAGGCCUAAACGGACCACAAGGGGGCGUGGUUCUCCCAGAACCACAACAGCACAUAGCUUCACGCUUCCUCCCGCUGUGUAAAUGGUGUCUUUUUGCAAAUCAAGAAUUCUGUUGUCAGUUGCCGUACUUUGUUGGAACCCUUGAAGGCCGGUUUUGUUGGAAUUUUCCUAAAAUGAUGAGGCUUACUGCUACUGAACGGUUCCUGUCAUCUGUAGUACUAUGUUACAAUGGCUGUGCUGCUGAGAAGACUUGGUUCCUUAAGUCUUAUUGCACUACUGGUCAUGGCCGGCCGUAUUUAGGAUGGUUACAAUCCAGUUGUUAAUAAAUUCUUUGCUUAUGCAACUUUCAGUGAGUUUUCUUUGAAUGGCGGGGAAGUCAAAUUUUUCCAUCUGCCGCAUCAUGAGUGGCCACUAGAGGGCAGUCAAUGACGCUGGUUCACAUGUUCACCAUUCGGUUUUCUAGAAUGCAGAUUUGACUUGCUUGUAACGCAGCCGGAAUACAGCUAGUGGCAAUGGUAACUGGUAUUGACAGGACGUGUAGAAGUAGAUAUUAGCAAAGGGUGGGAUAAUGCUCAAACUGACCAACUUGGGGAUUGGGGGGGAUGGUGUGUAGACAGUAACCAAAAGCAUGUGAUUUCUACCCCCUGCGUAUUUUCUUACAUGGUUCUGAAGGGUAAUUGUACAAUUCCAGUUGAAUGCCUGAAAUAAACAAUCAACGGUUUCCACGCUUGAACUUCUAAAGACAA